AUGCUUGCCAUUCGCCCAUCAGUCUGUAGGGCGUGCCGAAAGGCCCAGAUCCGCCCGGCGAGAGCGUUCGCAACCGCCAGCGGUCCCAUCCAGCAGCCGCCCCGCGACACCUAUGUGAAGCUCGUCGAGGUCGGUCCUCGCGAUGGCCUCCAGAACGAGAAGAAGACGAUACCCCUUGCGACCAAGAUCGAGCUGAUUGAGAGGCUCGCCAAGACCGGUGUGUCUACAAUUGAAGGAGGUUCCUUUGUCUCGCCGAAAUGGGUUCCCCAGAUGGCCAAUUCAAGCGAAAUUCUUGAGCACCUCCUCACCCGAAAGGUCUCCUCUCCAGCCCAAACAUCAUACUCAUUCCUCGCACCGAAUAUCAAGGGUCUGCAGAACGCCCAGGCGCUGCUAGCCAAAUACCCCGGCGCAUUCGCAUCACAACUCCAGCCCUCAGCUGAUGCUUCGACCCCCGCCGUCGAAGUUGCCGUUUUCGCGGCAGCGACCGAAUCGUUCUCGAAGAAGAACCUCAACUGCGACAUUGCGACGUCACUAGACCGCUUCCGCGAGGUCAUUCGCGAGUCAAAGGCGGCCGGCCUCCGCGUUCGCGCAUACGUCUCUGUGGUCCUCGGCUGCCCCUUUGAGGGGUACGACGUCGACCCGCACAAGGUCGCCGAGAUCUCGACGGAAUUGCUGGAGUCGGGCGCCGACGAGGUGUCUCUUGGCGACACCACCGGCAUGGGAACCGCUCCCCGGACUAAGGAGCUGCUGAACUGCAUGAGGGCGGCGGGAAUCCGCAACGAGGAUAUCGCGAUGCACUUCCACGACACGUACGGCCAGGCUCUGGUUAACACGGCCGUGUCUUUGGAGCAUGGCAUCCGUACGUUCGACAGCAGUGUUGGCGGUCUUGGAGGAUGCCCUUAUAGCCCCGGUGCGACUGGCAAUGUGGCUACGGAAAACAUGAUUUACUUUAUUGAGAGUCUGGGUAUGGACACUGGUAUUGAUCUGGACGCCAUGUCGGAUAUUGGUGCUUGGAUCACGGGCGAGUUGAGCAAGGCCAACGACAGCACUGUUGGAAAGGCUGUUUUGGGCGCCAGAUCUCGUGAAGCGGCGACAGCGUAG